AUGAAUCAUUCUAAAGAAAAGUUUUUGUCUUCAGAAAGGUUACCAGUAAAAGUAAUUUGUGAUACUGUUAGAUAUCACGGCAACGUGGGAACAAUGCUGAAAACUUUUUUUUACCUGAACUGCCAAGAAUUUAUUCUCACCAAAGGAUCUGUUGACAUUUGGAAUCCAAAAACGUUGGAAGCCUCUGAUGGUUGUCAACUAUUUCAUCACAAUUACAUCACAACAGAACAAUCUUGGCAUGACAUUAAUCAUCUUAUACCUCGUGAUGCUUUAGUAUUCUAUGCAGAAUCCGAAAAAUUGUCGCAGCAUAAAAAUUUUCUUGAAUACAAAAACCUGGAUUGUGUACUUUCAUGUAGGAAAAAUAUUGUACUUAUUAUUGGAGGUGAAACUGAAGGGGUGAGUAAUGAAGCAAAAGACUUCUGCUCAUCAAGGAAUGGGCAUGCAGUGUUCAUUCCAAUGAGAAAGGAGGUGGAGAGUUUAAAUGGAGGAGUGGCUGCCAGUAUCCUGCUGUUUGAGAUGGCAAGGAUAUUGAAAAAAAAUAUUGAAAUAUAG